AUGCAUGCUACUGCCAUGGACCUGGUAGUGGCACCGGAGCUCAUGCUUCCAGAGGCCGGCCUAUCCCGACUGCAGAUAGUGUUGCUCUUGGGUUCGAGCACGUUGGCGCUUCUGUCCGUUCUGUUCCAGCUCGUGCUGGAGCGGCACGGUCAUAAGGCCGGAGGGUGGACUGCCCCGAACGAAGCAGUCUCUCCUGGCCAGGGCUUUGUUUCAGAUCCGGACUUUCAGAUCGGCAGACUGCUCUCAGAGCAUUCAGUCACACCCAAGCCCGUGAGCCUUGCAAGCAAAAGACGUGUAUUGGCUUGGUGGGCUUGGUGGAUUGAGCAGGACGCCUCCAGAAUUCAGGAGACACAGCUCCAGGACCCUCCGCAGAAGCUGCCAGGCUCUUCGCACCCGCAACGGAAGCUGAAGCAUGCCAAGGAAGCCACGGAGGUUGCAUGGAAAGCAGGCAUGGAAGGCAUGGAUGUACAGGGAGCCAGGGAGCCCAUGGAGGAGGCACUGCCAUUUCAAAAGAAGUGGCAUCCAGAGUGCGAAAUGCAGGCUUUUGAGAGGGUGCCCUUGCGCAAGACGGAUCUGAUGGAUCUUGGGGAUCUUGGAGAGACCGCAGAGGCACCGGACGUUCCGCCCAUGCCAUUCCAGAAAAAGCGUGAUGCGAAGCUUGGCCCAGGGAUGCCAGGGAUGCCAGGGAUGCCAGAGCCACCGUCCCUGCAGCCUCUGCCCUUUCAGUGGCGGGACCAGGAGCUAAGGCAGCCAGGGCAGCUCGGGCGCACAGCGCCGGAGCCAAGUGCAUGGCCGCUGCCGUUCAGUCGUGACAAGCACCCACAGGCUCAGAGCCUGGGAAUCCAAGACGAAGUCCAAGACGAAGUUCAAUCAGCGACCUUGUGGGAUACUCGGCAGCUGGCAACCGACCCGGAUGAGCAGGACCUUGCUCCCUGGGCUUGGCACCCCAUGAGACUGCAGGAGAGCGCAACGAAUGCUCCGCAACCGGCGUCGUGGGACUCCCUGCACCUCGCAGCCCCCUUGCCGGUGCCAAUGCCUCCGACUCUGGGCCCUCCUCCUGGCCUUCCGCCGCCUCCAGUGCCUCCGCCACCUCCAGCGCAUUUCGCAACUUUGGAGGACGACAACAUCCAGCCGCGCCUGAUGCGGCCACUCAGAGAGAGCCUGCGCGAAAGUAGCAUCCCAUCAGAGUUGAGCCAAAGCAACCCGCUGGCGAUCCCCAGCAUCGGGAGUUUUGGGCAUCCUGACAUGUGCUACCGGCCGUGCGUUUACCUAGAGAAGGGAAGCUGCAAGCGUGAUGCUUUCUGCACGCACUGUCACUUCGAUCAUGAGAAGACUUACAAGCUCGCCAAGAAUCAAAAGAGGUUCAUCGAGACUCAAUUGGACGAGGUGUCUGUGCUGGCAGCGCUUUUGCCUUUCAUCCACGCAAAGGCCAUCGAACGUGGUCUGCAGCGGGAGGUGAGCAACUUGUGCGCUUUGAUCCAGCGCCGAGUGGAAUUUCUCAGGAGCCGCGUCAGCGUGCGGGCGGUUCCUGUGGAGCUCGCGCGCUCCCUGCCGCGGCUCCCCUUGCACACACUUCUUGGCAUUCUCAUUCGAAGAUCAGACUUCGAGCCUGAGUUCAUGGACGACCUGACCGUCGCCGUGGCGCAGGUCCGGGCGGCAAUUCCUACUUCGCUGCGCUCGAUCUGCGAGGGCAUCCCAGAAAGGGUGCCUGUGUAUACGCCGCAGGCACGGUAG